GGAUCACUUUGGGCUGCGCCCUUGCGCCAUUGACGCGGUAGUUUUCAGAAUGGCGCAUUAGAUCUGUCAAAAGGGGUCAUCUUGGCGCAUCGUUUACUGACAGGGCGCAUACAAAGUAUAUCUCAAGGGCCACUUCAUUGUGAUUAUGUAUACAGCUUAAUGAAAUAAUUUCCUGGGUGAAAAAAAAAUUAUUUAAAAAAAAAAGAUCGUUCGAUCGUUCUUUUUUUCAGUCGGGUUCAACAUUCCUUUUAUGUACAGGGAAAACUUCCGAGAAAAAUAAAACCGAGGAGUCUCGAAUAUUUAAUUAUUAACUUUAACGUAAAAUGUUCGUACCUCUGCACGUAGCCACCGAAAAUCUGUAAGCCAGAUGUGAAAUUUAGUAGUAAAAUAACACUAAGCCUAAAAUGUAAAUUUAAAAAAUCGUUUAUUAACUUAUACGAAUGUAAACUGAUCGCAUUUCCAACUGCAGUAAAAUACACAUAAUGGUACGAAUUAAUACAUCAACAUCAACAUGCCGGCUAAGAAAAUUAAAGGGCCUACGGACCCAAAACAACCACGUCUUUCCUUUUUAUCAAUGACCACAACAACACCAGAAAGUUCUACAAGCUCUGAUGUUUCUAAAGUAACAGAAACGGAUGUAACGGAACAACCUGAGCGCCACUUCCAGGGUAAGUGGCUUGCCCUACACCCAUGGCUCGAGUACGACUCCGAUAGCAAUAAAAUGUUUUGCAGAGAGUGCAAAAAAUACGGAAUGAACAACAUCUUUACUUCAGGCACAAAUAACUACCGAACUAGCACACUUGCUCGACACGUGGCAAGCAAAGAUCACCAGACAGCAAUACUUGCCCCAGAAGAACAAGGACACUUAAAGAAGUCUAUAGAAAAAGCCCACAAUAAGCAAGAAAAAGCAGUGAUCGUCGCCAUGAAAGCGGUUUAUUGGCUGGCUAAAGAGGGGAUAGCCUUAUCUAAGUACUCAAGUUUUAUCAGAUUUUUGAAGGAUUUAGGAGUUCCCGAUAUUGAUGCCCUUGAUGUAAACAAGCAUGUGGAUUACACCUCUUACAAUACAGCUAACGACUUACUAAAAUCCAUGUCCAACGUCAUAGACCAGGAAAUUACUGAUAAACUGCAAAAGUCACCAACAGUUACGAUCAUGACAGAUGAAAGCACGGAUAUCGCUAAUCAUCACAAGCUGUGUAUUUCAGCUCGUGUUGUUGAUCCUAUCAGUCUCCAGCCAUCAACCUUUUUUCUCAGCGAUGUCAGGAUAACGAAUGGGACAGGAAAGGGGAUUUUUAAUGCCAUUAAAGAACACCUUGACAGUCGAGGAGUGGCAGUGAAGAAAGUUAUGGGACUGGGUACUGAUGGGGCUUCUACCAUGACAGGUACUAAGGAGGGUUUGACGGGUCACUUCCUUCGUGAGAAUCCCCACAUGAAGAACAACCACUGUGCUGCACAUCGACUUGCACUUUGCUCUGAACAGGCAGCUAAAGGUGUUCCUGGAAUGGUUAAAUUCCAGCAAAGCCUUGAGACUCUCUUUUAUCACUUCAAAAAGUCUCCCACCAAAGCUGAUAAACUUGAAGCAAUCCAAAACCUGUUGAAUGAGCCGUCUGUCAAAUAUCGUGAGGUCCAUCAGGUCAGAUGGCUGAGUUUCUAUGAAGCUCUUGACUCAGUAUAUAGAACCCUGGACUCUUUGUUGUCCUACUGCUCCUCAGACACUAAAGAUCCCAAAGUUGUAGGUCUGAGGAAGAAAGUUGGAAGCGAGAUAUUCAUCAGCUUAACAUAUGCCAUGAUGGAUAUUCUCCAGCCUAUCAUGAAGCUGAGUCUUGUGUUCCAGAAAAAAGACUUGGACCUUGGAGUUGUACAGGAACAAUAG